CGAGCUUGGUCACACUAUUUGGCAACAAUAACAAACAAAAAAUAAAAAUAAAAUAAAUCUUUUUUAAAAUGCUGCAACGCGUACAACCGAAAGUAGAAAAUCCACGUUACGGUCAACUAAUUAUUGGUCCGCCUGGCUCUGGGAAGACCACAUACUGCAACGAGGCGUACAAAUUCUAUCGGGAGCUGGGCCGGCAAGUUGGCGUCGUCAAUUUGGAUCCGGGCAAUGACAACAUGGCAUAUGAGCCAGUGGUCAACGUUAUGGAGUUAAUAACCGUUGGCGAUGCCAUGGAACACCUGAAGCUGGGUCCCAACGGAGCACUCAUGCAUUGUGCCGAGUAUCUGGAGCAACACAUUGAUGACUGGCUGCUGCCAGCACUGCGAAAGUUGGGCGCCACACACAAUUAUUUUCUAUUCGACUGUCCGGGUCAAAUCGAACUCUAUACGCAUCACAAUGCCAUGGCGCGUGUCUUUGAGCGGCUGGAGCAGGAACGCUACAGUUUGGUUACUGUGAACCUUAUCGAUUCACAUUACUGCUCGGAGCCCGCGAAAUUCAUUGCCACGCUGCUGAUGGCGCUGAAUACAAUGCUGAGGAUGAGCUUACCUCAUGUGAAUGUGCUGUCCAAGGCGGAUCUGCUGCGUAAGCAUGAAUCAAAGCUGCACUUCAGUGUGGACUUUUACACGGAUGUGCUGGAUCUAAAGUAUUUGCUGGAAAAACUUGACGAUGAUCCCACAAUGCGAAAACAUCGCAAACUCAACGAGGCCAUUUGUUCCAUGGUAGAGGAUUACGCAUUGGUAUCGUUCAAGCUUCUGGACGCUUUCAGUACUGACAGCAUGCUCAGGCUGCGCAAUCACAUUGAUAAGGCGAAUGGCUAUGUUUAUAAAGCGGGCGAGGAACAAACUGUCAACUCUCUGCUGGCCUGUGCUGUAGGUGCUGAAACGGAAGCACUCCGUCAACAGCAUGAUAUUGAACCCUAUACAAAACAGCAGUGACGCAGUUGAGGAACAUAUAGGGCUAUAUUAUAACAAAUCAUAUAACAUAAUUUUAUACACUAUAUUUCCAUUAUAUUUGCCGAUUGUUUAUCUACAUCCUGUCGCCAAAAAUUGUUCUAAAUAGUGGGGCAGACCAUAUUGUAACUUCCUGUGAUAAAUACAUUAUUUCACUAUCAAGUGGCGCUGCAAAUU